GGUUUGUCCAUGCUGGCCAAGCUGGUCUCCAACUCCUGACCUCGUGAUCCGCCUGCCUUGGCCUCCCAAAGUGCUGGGAUUUACAGGCGUGAGCCACCACGCCCGGCCUGGUCAUUCUUUCUCUCCACAAUCCAACGAGGAAACUCAUCUGCCUACCCAACUACCAUCAUAAAGUCCUCAGGUGAUUUCUCAAGCUAUACCUCCAUUGGGACAUCUCUCUCCAACCUGAGACCACUGGAUAUCACCCACAAUGCUAUAUAGCAUCUCGAACUCAGCAUAUCUAUGAUGGGUGUCUGCUCAGCAUCUACUCCCCUUUUCUGGCCAAUAAGAUAUGCAAAUGAUCUCCUUACCUCAUUGGUUGGAGGCCUCAGGACCACAGAUGACCUCAGAGAGCUGGCCCUUUAAGAAUGCCCUUUGGGCUCUGUGCCCACAGCCCCCUGGAGCUGAGCAGAGGCACCAGGCCCUACUCCAUGGAGCCUUCAGUCUCCUGGGAAGCUGUGCCUGUCUGGCUCUGGCACUGACCACAUCCUCUCGGCCAUUUCUGAAGUGCACUCCUCCCAGCCCAGCUCCAGAAUGGCCCUGCCCCCCAGUCCCCUGGCCAUGGAAUAUGUCAAUGACUUUGACUUGAUGAAGUUUGAGGUAAAGCGGGAGCCCUCUGAGGGCCGACCUGGCCCCCCUACAGCCUCACUGGGCUCCACACCUUACAGCUCAGUGCCUCCUUCACCCACCUUCAGUGAACCAGGCAUGGUGGGGGCGACCGAGGGCACCCGGCCAGGCCUGGAGGAGCUGUACUGGCUGGCUACCCUGCAGCAGCAGCUGGGGGCUGGGGAGGCAUUGGGGCUGAGUCCUGAAGAGGCCAUGGAGCUGCUGCAGGGUCAGGGCCCAGUCCCUGUUGAUGGGCCCCACGGCUACUACCCAGGGAGCCCAGAGGAGACAGGAGCCCAGCACGUCCAGCUGGCAGAGCGGUUUUCCGACGCGGCGCUGGUCUCGAUGUCUGUGCGGGAGCUAAACCGGCAGCUGCGGGGCUGCGGGCGCGACGAGGCGCUGCGGCUGAAGCAGAGGCGCCGCACGCUGAAGAACCGCGGCUACGCGCAGGCCUGUCGCUCCAAGCGGCUGCAGCAGCGGCGCGGGCUGGAGGCCGAGCGCGCCCGCCUGGCCGCCCAGCUGGACGCGCUGCGGGCCGAGGUGGCCCGCCUGGCCCGGGAGCGCGAUCUCUACAAGGCUCGCUGUGACCGGCUAACCUCGAGCGGCCCCGGGUCCGGGGACCCCUCCCCCCUCUUCCUCUGAGCCGUUCAGAGCACUUUGUGGUGUAGUGGGGGCUGGGUGGGGUGGCACCGCCCAGGAGGCGGCUGCACGGUUCUCUGCAUCGUUACCAGAGCGCCUUCUGGUCCUAGCCACGCCCUGUAUGACCGCGCAAAUAUCCCCAAAGUUUUUGGGUCCUCAAGUCAUGCCCGAAUUUAGAUGCUGGUCAUUUUCUGGAGAGGGGUCCCCUCCCCUUACGAACACAGAAACCCAGCCCACAUGACUAGCACGCUGAGCUCUGCAGCGACCAGUGCCAGGCACUGGGGGGUGGAAGUGUGGUGACACAGUGAAUGGGAGGUGGAGGAGGGUUGCAGCUCCCACCUCGGUUUAGUUUUUAAUUCAAGGUUUUCAACCUAUAACACAUUAAAGCUGUAAUUAGCAAUGAGGCUGUAUUUUCAUUCUGAAGCUUGUAACCUCCCCAUUUUAGCACUACAGAAUUUUCAAGAUUUCAAUAUCCAACAACUAGAUAGAUUAGGACCUCUAUCCGAGAUGCUUUUUCCCUGCCCAACCCUGUGGCCUUCAGGGCUCAGAGCAGCAAAGGCCUGAAGAGUGAGCUCUGGGGGUUGUUGGUGUGGGUUGGGAGAGAGCUGUGUGCAGAAGUCUGGAAACCUGGGUCCUAGUCCCAGCUCUUCCAUGGGAUCCCCCUGUCACCCUGAGCAAAUCAAUUGCUUCCUGGACUUGUGUUACUUCAUCUAACUCUCAUGUGGAUUGGACGACUUCUGCUCCCUUUCCAGUUCUGGCAUCUCCCCAGUAUGGAAGUCCCAGUGGUUUCCCCAAGAAGUCCCCAGGACAAUCUCGCCAAAGGCACCUCCUAUCCUGCUGCAGUUUCCCAGCUGCAGCCUAGGCAGGGGAUGCGCAGCCCAGGCGAGGAAGCCUGGCUUCUCUGUGAGCACAUACAUGGGUCCUCGGCAGCUCCCUCCAGGCUGUCUGGGCCUCCAGACCUGCACAGGGUGCUCCUGCCACCUCCCACCUCUCUGAGGGCUGAGGUGAGACUUCUCCUGGGAUGACAAUUUGCUGAGAGAGUGCAGCUUUUGUGAAUUAAACUUGAAGUCCAGGCAGAAUUCUAAUGCAAUCGGCUAAAUGUUCUUGCAAUUUAAGAAGUGUUCAUUCUUUA